CCUCGCCCUCCCACCAGGCCCCCUCCCCUCCAAAUUCAGGGGAACUCCCGUUACCGCGGUGCCACCGGCAUUACUCAUUCAUCUCCAUUCAGGCUUCCCCCAGCAUUUAUUAAGGGCUCUGGGCUCCUGCCUUUCACUCUCACUCUCCUCUGCUCCAGCAACACCGCUCACUUGAGAGCUUCUCGCCUCGUCCCCUCGGGCCAGCUGUGGGAAGUGGCCGAAGAAAGAACUUUGUGUCUCUCUCCAGCAAUGCAUCUCCCUGUGAUCCUGUUCUGCGCUCUCUGGUUUGCGGCGUUGGCGGAGACCUCGGAUGAUUAUGAACUCAUGUAUGUGAAUUUGGACAACGAAAUAGACAAUGGACUCCAUCCCACUGAGGACCCCACGCCGUGUGACUGCCGUCGGGAGCACACCGAGUGGGACAAGCUCUUCAUCAUGCUGGAGGACUCGCAGAUGAGAGAGGGCAUGCUGUUGCAGGCCACCGACGACGUCCUCCGGGGCGAGCUGCAGAGGCUGCGGGCAGAGCUGGGCCGCCUGGCCGGCAGCCUGGGGAGACCGUGCGCGCCGCCGGCCCCCGCGGAGGCCCGGCUGUCCCGGGCGCUGGACGAGCUGCUGCAGGCGAGCCGCGAGGCGGGCCGCAGGCUGGCGCGCUUGGAGAGCGCGGGGACGCCGCGCCCGGAGGAGGCGGGGCGCGCCCUGGGCGCCGUGCUCGAGGAGCUGCGGCGGACGCGAGCCGACCUCCGCGCUGUGCAAGGAUGGGCAGCCGGGCGCUGGCUGCCAGCAGGUUGUGAAACAGCAAUUUUAUUCCCAAUGCGUUCCAAGAAGAUUUUUGGAAGCGUGCAUCCAGUGACACCAAUGAAGCUUGAGUCCUUUAGUGCCUGCAUUUGGGUCAAAGCCACAGAUGUAUUAAACAAAACCAUCCUGUUUUCCUAUGGCACAAAGAGAAACCCAUAUGAGAUCCAGCUGUACCUCAGCUAUCAGUCCAUAGUGUUUGUGGUGGGUGGAGAGGAGAACACACUGAUUGCUAAUACUGUGAUUUCCCUGGGAAAGUGGACCCAUCUGUGUAGCACCUGGAAUUCUGAGAAAGGGAGCACAUCCUUGUGGGUAAAUGGUGAGCUGAUGGCUACCACAGUCAAGAUGGCCACAGGUCACAUUGUUCCUGAGGGAGGAAUCCUGCAAAUUGGCCAAGAAAAGAACGGCUGCUGUGUGGGUGGUGGCUUUGAUGAAACACUGGCCUUUUCUGGAAGACUCACAGGCUUCAAUAUCUGGAACCGUGUUCUCAGCAAUGAAGAGAUAAGAGAGACCAGCGGAGCAGAGUCUUGUCACAUCCGGGGAAAUGUUGUUGGGUGGGGAGUCACAGAGAUUCAGCCACAUGGAGGUGCUCAGUAUGUCUCGUAAGUGUUGUGAAACUCUACUUGAAGCCAAAGAGAGAAACUCACAUUUUAAACAUAUGCUAGUUGGGACGGUCUAAAAACCUCAGUGCAUAUUAAGAACACUUUAGACUAAUGAAGGGGAGAGUUGAGAUCAAUCUUUAUUUAUCUUGGCAAAAUACUGAAUAAACAGUUGAAGACAUUGGAGAAUGCUUUUGGGGAUACUGUUACUAGAUUUUAUGCCAUGGUGCUUUGAGAUUAAUGCUGUGUCUUUGUCAGAUAAACUCUCAAAUAAUUAAAAGGACUGUAUUGUUGAAAAGAAGGACAAUUGUUUUACUUUUCUCUGGUUAAUUUUGUUUUGGCCAGAGAUAACUUUUACAUCGGGAGAAA